AUGUUUACGACUUUGCGCCAUUCGGCUGCGUAUUCCCGGAACCCGAUUACGGGUCUCGCCUUUAGCGCUCAAUUUUCGCCCGGCUCCGAACAAUUGAUAAAUCGACGUCACAUUGUCGCUAUUGAAAUCACCCUCGCAGAAGGAUAUGCCCAUUCAACGGGCGCAGCAAGUAAAACGGAUGCGACAGGAGCGCCUGAACCGUCUCGGGCGUCGCGAGUCCUCCUGCUUUGUUUUUGCCUCACCUCCGCGGUGCAACGUCGAGGUUCCAAACCGAUGAUUAAAAUCGGGCAGAAAAGGGGGGAAAGGAUUGAACUUUACAACGAGCGAGCUCCAGCGUGAUUGGGUCGGCCGCGUACGUCGGUUACGCAAUCCCAUGACCCU